AUUUGCGAUUUGUGUUAAUCUCUCGUCAAAUACUUGAAUAAACACUGGCUUUGAAUCGCAAAAAAUAGUUGUGUUUGUCAUUCAACUACAGUCUAAACGCUGUAAUGUUAACACAAAUGUCAUCGUAUUUAUAACGGGUGUUGACUGUAGUCUUGUUGUCAAAACAAUCGCCCAAAACAUUGACUUUUGUUUUUGUUAUUGACAUUUGGUUUUCGCACUCAUUAUCUGUUAAUUGAUAUCAAACUAUACUUUUUUUGCUCAACGGAUCCCAAGAAGUGAGAGACAAUGAGCGCCACAACUGAUGAAGCGAUGGACAAAACUGUGGACAACAUAACAGCUGAAUUGCGAUCAAACGUAAGCCUAAACGCAAUCAUAACUCCCGGCGAGGCCUCAGAGUCUGACGAAGAAGAGGACGAUUAUCCGCAACCCAUUGAACGCCAGACCAGUGCCGCCGAUCACGGAGUCGGCAGACAUCGAAAGACAUCCGAAAUGAGUCAGUCCCAGAGGUCGACCGUUUCGGACGACAACUCAUCCAUUGGUGACUCAAAUAAAUACAAUUCAUUACUUCACAAGAAAUUAAGAGAGAAGAACGAACAGCUGAAGAGAGAGCUGUCAGAACUGGCGAGCGGUCCCUAUAUUAUGGCGACCAAAGAGGUCGGGACUAUAACUAAACAAUUAAUUCAUUCGCAAAAAAUGGUUCAAAACGUUUCGGCGUCUCUCAGAAAAGUGUCUAAAGAGUUGAUCUCUUUGGAGGAAACCAUUGCCGCCAUUAAGAACGAUAAGAAUCUUCUUUUGACCCAAUUUUCUCCAAUCGAUUCCAGCGUUGAGUCCAAAGAGAGCGAAACGAUUAAUGCAACCGAUCCUCAAAAUUGAUAUCGUUUUAUAAAUAUUUUAUUCUUUAGAUAUAUUUAUCAAUAUUUCGACUCAUUUACCAAAUAUUAUUUAAAUCACUUCCAAUCGGUGACAAUAAUAUGCACAUAAAAAUACGUUAUACAAUGAUUGAUACAACUGGUGC